CGGCCCAGCCGGCUUCUCUUUCACACCCGCCUCGAUCGUGGAGGCGGAAAGCCUCGCAUUGAUUGCCGGAGGUCAGCCAAGAUUGCGAGGCGAUCCUGGCAUCUUCUCAUCCUCAACUCAACCACAACUUCCAAUCAUCAUGCUCGCCGCAACUGCUCGCACUCGUCUAGCCUUGGCGCCCACCGCCUCCUCAUCGGCCUUGCGCGCCUUUUCCACCUCACCAGCCGUGGCCCGCGAUGUCAAGAACGUGACCGUCUUCGGCGCCGGGUUGAUGGGUGCCGGGAUCGCUCAGAUCCUCGCACACAAGGGAGGGUACAAUGUCACCCUCACCGACGUUACGGACAAGGCUGUUGCGAACGGGCAGAAGAUCAUCUCCAAGUCUUUGACCCGCAUCGCAAAGAAGAAGAUGGCGGACAAAGGGGAGGAGGAGCAGGCCAAGUUCGUCAAGGGAAUCGUUGACUCCAUCAAUGUCACGACGGACGCUGGUAAGGCGGUGGAGAGCACCGAUCUGGUCAUCGAAGCCAUCAUCGAGAACGUGGGCAUCAAGCAGGAGCUCUUCAAGUUCCUCGACCAGAAGGCGCCAAAGGAGGCCAUCUUUGCGAGCAACACGAGCUCAUUGAGCAUCACAGACAUCGCCAAGAGCGUCCAGAGGAAGGAGCUCUUUGGAGGCUUCCACGCCUUCAACCCCGCCCCUCAGAUGCCGUUGGUGGAGAUUGUCCGCACCAAGGAGACGACGGAUGAUGCUUUCAACUCCCUGAUGGACGUCGCUCGCAAGUCUGGCAAGACGCCUGUAGCCUGCGUCGACUCACCAGGCUUCAUCGUCAACCGCUUGCUCGUCCCGUACAUGCUCGAGGCCAUUCGACUCGUUGAGCGAGGAGAGGCCACCCCCAAGGAUGUGGAUACGGCAAUGAAGCUCGGUGCUGGAUACCCUAUGGGUCCAUUCGAGCUCUCGGACCUCGUCGGACUCGACACACUCUCGCACAUCGCCAAGGGUUGGAGGGAUUCGCGCGUCGCUACGGGUGAAAUCUCUGCUGAGAUGGUCGCGGAGACUCCUCUGCUAGAGAAGUUGGUCAGCGAGGGCAGACUUGGCAAGAAGAGCGAGAAGGGCGGAUUCUACCCAAACAACUAGACGGUCAGGUUGCUGUAAUGCUAUCGUGAUGUUUUGCCUUGACCUGCUGGGCUGGAGGAGGUGCUGAGCGACCGAGUUCACGUGGUGGCGGCUUCUUCCCUUGCUCCAUUAUCGUUCACGUGUCGAGGGGCAGACAUACGGGUGCUCCUUACAUUUG